GUUACCCUGACUAGGAACGGCGGGACUGCCGGAGACUGGGGGCCUAGUUUCAUCUUUGCAGUCUAUUGGGGGGAUUUGCCAAUACUCGCCAUGCUUGGCAGGCGGGUUGGCGAGCGCAGUUAGGUCACCGAUAGUUUUGUAGAAUGCUGCUCCCCGAACGUCUGUAAUUAUUUGGUUUGUUAUUCGGGAGAGGACUUAGAAUGGCUUUUAUUACGGAACCGGGUACAGGUAAAAUCUUCAUCAUUUCCUUCGAUCAACAAUAACAACUAGAUAUAGGGUCGACGUAAUCUAUUCUGAUGACAUUUGUUACAGCCAUAAUGUGCCUUCAUAAGUCCAAAUGCCUGAAGUCAUUAUUCUGCGAUGGCAGAACAGCUAGUUAUUUAUAUUUUCAUUUUAAUCAUCUUACUCAAGUUCUCAAGAUACACACAAUAGAGUCAAGUUGAUUGUUAUAUGCAUUCUUACCUUUUCACUUUGCACGCUCUAUUUGUGUUACAAUUUGUCACGGACUGUCACAAUACCACUUUGACAAAACGAGGCAAUACAUUGAAUACAUAAAAUUUUAGUUUGGAUAUCUUAUUCAAUAUUUUUGAGGAAGAAAUUAAAUUUACAGUAAACAUGACUUCUUCGGGUAGGCCCCACCAUGAACACUCACUGGAAACUAUACUUACAUUUGAUAAUCGUGAUUUGCAAAGUCAAUGGUCGGUAGUAUGGUCGACCUCUCAUAUCACGGACGUGAACAAUGUGACGAACCGUAGCACUCAGAAUCGGCUCCUAGGCCGUCGUCGACUACGCCUCGGUUCGCUAGCACUCAGCGCUAUGAUGACUAUGCACUGUAGAAUACCAGCCUCAGCUCUCACAGAUGGGUUGUUUCUCUCUGUUGUAUUUUUCACUGGAGCUGUACUGGGUCUCGCGAACCCAUUGCGACAUUUUGAAGUGUACCUUGGACAAUGGAGUAUCAGCGGACCUGGUCGUGCUUUCCGGAUUCUUCCUAUGUUUGAUGGUAUUGGUAUAGCAAUGUGUAUAAAUGCAAUAGUGCGCGCUAUCAGUUGCUGUACCAUGGCAGCCAUAGCCGCAGUAUAUGUGAUGCAUUCUGUUGCGGAUUCCAAAUUACCCUUCACGUACUGUCGCGACUUCAAUUUCAAGCCAUAUGAUCCAGAGUUCAAGAAUUUAAAAUUUUAUGCUAUACGUGGGUUAAAAUCCAAAAUAAUACCCGAAGACACUUAUAACGAGACAGACAAUGUUGGAAUAAGACCUAAAUCCUGGCGGAAUGCCACCUAUUUCAGGUCUAAGUACAAAUUUGAAACUAAAAUUGGAGUGUGCAAUGAAACAUACAUCGGGCGGUAUCCUGGUGUUUACAGCACUCCUGCCUAUAAUUUUUUUUACGUCGAAGUGGUACAAUAUCGUACAGUAAACAGAUUAGGGAGGUUCAAUCUGCCUCUCGCGGUGAUUAUUAUUUUCGCUUGGCUUAUUCUAUGGCUAAUAAUGAUAAUGGAAAAAUUUAAUUACAGUAGACUUAUUUGGAACAAUAUUAAGCCUUGGUUUAUAAUGGUACCAACUGUGUGGACUACAAUCUUUGUGGUAUAUGCUGCUACUAACCUGUCAUGGACGAAAACUUUUCGAAGAUCGGUUAAACUCGGUAGCAAUGAAAUAAUAGCAGCUGUAGCAGAUGCUUUGGAAGUUUCACUAUAUACUCAUUCUCUUGGUGUUGGGACUGAACUGAUACAUGGAAAAGCAUUAAAUCACUUUGCUAAUGGCCACAUAGACCCGGAUUUCAACAACGAGAACGUGUGGCAUUCCGUAAUAGUUCUAAUGCUGAUGGGCCUCCACUCGGGCGGGGCUGCCAUGUGCGCAUUUAUUGACUACAUGCAACUGAAUUCAACCACUACCUAUACCAUGAGAGAAGGAACUACAUGGAUUAUACCUAUGUACUCUAAAUGUACAUCACUGGGUAAUUACUCACAUCUGGUGACAACUCUAGUAUUCGGUGGUUUGACAUUUUCUUACUUAACAGUGACGUUUAUGUUAUUGAAGACAGCGCUGCAUACUAUAUUUGAAUACAGAGUAAAAUUAGUAUUUAAGGAACAACUUGUAGUAGCUGCCCUGAUACUUUCUUGUAUGUUACUUAGUAUGAUUUAUGCAACAAAUGGUGGCAUAGCGUUUUUGGACAGUGUGGAUGCAAUUAUGACAGGCAUAGGGACGCCGCUUGUGGUACUACUAGAACUGAUCGGCCUGUUGUACGUAUAUCGCAGUCAUGAUUUCCAAUCUGACAUGAAUGUGGCUACAGAAGAUAAUACGUGCUCGUCACGUAUAGGAAUACAAUGGCAAAUUGUCCCUUUUGUAACACUGAUCACUAUCGCUAUAAAACUAUCAAGACUAUCAGGAGCAGAAAUGCCAACUCAAUAUAUGUGCCUAGCAGCCGUUCCAAUGGUGUUCUUGGUGUUAGCGAUACCGCUACGCGCGGCUAACAACGCUUACGCGUUCCUGCACCACCCACCACAAGCCAGCUGAUCAAUUCUAGCGAGUCUCAUCUGUGCGAGCUGCGAGGCGGGUGUGAGGUUGGAGGUGGAUCCGAACGGCGAGAUCAUCGACGACAUCGCAC